GCUCUUCUUCUUUGUGCAGCCCGACAAGCUCCCCCCAAGCCACCGACUCAUUUCUUUGAGAAAAAUGGUGACCAAGCUUGGGAUUUUCCCCUCUUUUCUUGAUAAAUAACAAGAUUUGGGACUUAGAACACUCUCCUAAACCCAGAAAUUUCCAGAUCUGCUCCCUUCUUCUCCUGGUCCGCCGGCUGCUAUGUGGGUGCGAAUUUCUGGACAUUUCUUUGCUCCCGUGACAUCCCUUCCCCUUUCCCGACUUCUGCCAAGCUCGCCAGAUCCGGCUUCUAUUGCUGGAAAUAUUCUGGUGCUGUUGUGGCUUAGAGCUCUGGGGUCAAGUUUCCUGUUUUAUGCGAAGUGAGGUAAGUAAAUUUAUGGUAAUGCCCGUACAAUUUUUAAAAGCAUGUUUUGACUUGUCUUUGAAGUGGUGGCGGGACUAAACCCGUUCUAUACAAAAGUAAGUAUGACUGAUUUGAAGUGAAAUUUUUAUGCUUCUCAUUAAAUUGAGCAUGUCUACUUGAAGUUUAUUUAACUGCCCUGAUGAUCUGGAAAUGAUGUGUAAAGUAUGGUUUUUUUGUUAACUUCUGCCUAUUUUGUCUCUGAUGUGGUCAUGUUAUUAGUGACCCUGCUAGUGGGGGUUUAUAAACGCUAGCACAUGUCGACAUGUUAUUGAUAGAAUCGGUUCGUUUGAGUGACCCUGCUAGUGGGGGUUAUACACCAGCAAAUAGUGUAGCCUGCUAGUGGGAGGUUUAAAAUACUAGCCAUGACCUAUAGAGGAGACGUCUAUUUCGUUCUCGUACUGUAUUCGUUUUUCGUGAUUGCACUUGUUGGCAUGCUAUAAGUUUAAUAAGGGCACUCCAUAUUU